UCAGCUGGGCGUUGUUUAUCUGGGAGGCGGAGAGGAGGCGUGCUUGUUUUAGUGAUUCUCGAUGAUAAUUACGCUUUAGAUAGCAAGAUUAGGUGGAAAAUAGCGGGAAAAGUGGUGCUGUUGUUGAGUAGUAGAAGGGCGGAAGGAAAGGGCGGCAAACUGAAGGCGAGAUGAUGUACCUUUGGAAGCGGAGGAUGGUGCAGUUCUGCCAUCGCCUCCUGAGCUUGCCGAGCAGAACGUGGAAGUGGCUGUGGUGGAAAUACGACCUCUUCAUCCUGACCAUGAAAGUGAUCUUCUACAACGAGUUCCUGAGCACCAGCUACGUGUUCGAGGUGCUCAUGACGCCCAUGGUGUGGGUCGUGGAUCAUUUCUCCAAAGCCCUGGGACCUAUCCUGGUGUUCCUGGUGGUGACGCUGACCAGCUCGGUGGUGGCGGUGGUGUACAUCAUUGGGCUGCCGCAUUACUGGAACAAGUCACCGGUGCUCACCUGCUUCCUCAUCGUGCUGGGCCACUGGCUGCUCAUCAACGUGGUGUUUCACUUCACCAUGGCAGCAAUCACCGACCCAGGCACUCCCCCCAAGGGCACCCUAAUCAGCGAGGCGGUGAGUGUCUGCAAGAAGUGCAUCGCCCCUAAGCCACCCCGCACCCACCACUGCUCCGUGUGUAACCGCUGCGUGCUCAAGAUGGACCACCACUGCCCUUGGCUUAACAACUGCGUGGGUCAUUUCAAUCACCGUUAUUUCUUCUCGUACAUGGCUUAUAUGACCCUCGGCGCCAUCUUCAUCAUGUCCCUGGGCUUCGAGAUCGCCUACAGGGAGAUCUGGCUGGGGGGUGAUGGAGGGGUGGGGCUAGGGGAGGCCAUUCACUAUGUUCUGGAGGAGGGGGGGAUACCUGGGGAUAAUCCAGAUGAGGAGGUGGAACCCUUAGAAGGAUAUCCGGUUUCUAUUAAUGGGACUCACCUGAUGCCCAUGUACGACGGCACAGUGGGCACCCCCAUCCGCCUGGAGAGACCCGAGGAGGAGCAGGAGAAGCAGAGGAGGAAUUACUGGUACCGUUUUGCCAUUAUGUACAGUGGUAUGCUCACUACAGGUGUUUUCUUCUCUCUAGGGGGGUUGGGGACCUGGCACGGAAGACUGAUAAGCCGGGGGGAGACGAGCAUCGAGGCACACAUCAACAGAAAGGAGACAGAGAGGCUGGCUAAGAUCGACCAGGUGUACAAGAAUCCUUAUGACUUUGGCGUGUACGAGAACUGGAGAAUCUUCCUUGGCAUCUCCCAUGGAAGAAGUGUAUGGCGAGUGCUGCUGCCCUCCCCCCACCCCCCCGACGGGUCCGGCCUCACCUGGCCCAACGCAAUUAUCACCGCAGCCAACCACAGCAAAAUAGCAUGACAUAUACCUUAAGUCCCGCCACGCCCCUUCACCUCUCACCCUUCACCCUUCACCUCCCCGUCCCGCCCUGCCCCGCCCCACCAUGGCCUGUUGUUUUGUUGUGUUGUUGACGUCAUUGGUUGGUGAGUCAGGAAUUGGUGGUCAGUUUGGUGUGUAUGUGUGUGUGUGUGUGUGUGUGUGUGUUGGUGAUGAGUAAAUGGAGUGUUUUUUUUUUUUUUGGGGGGGGGGGGUUGUGGUUCUCGACUUGUGGUUCUUGAUUUAUGUCUCUUCAUUUCUUGCCCUUUAUCUUCUAUCUGUUCCUCGUUUUCUUUCUCCACUUACACCCAUCCCUUGUUAUCCACGAUGCACUUGUGGGGAAGGAAAAUCUGUGGGGAAUCAGUGACCUCCCUUAAGAACACCCCUGAGCCCCCAAAACCUUAUUCAGAUCAAGAAAAACUGCAUAUGCAUGGUUACAAACAUUUCAUUCAUUAACUAAAGAAUUAAAGACAAAAAAGGCAAGGAGUACAGGUUGGCAGCUUCUCAUCACCGCCCCUCACUCAAAUUUGUGACCAACAGCAACCCAUGUAAAAGUGAAGCUGUGGGAAUCGAAAUUGUGGUAACGAGGGAUGACUUUUUUAACAUAUUUUUUUACGUGUCAGACUGGCCAAGGGCAAAAAAUAUAUAUAUAAUCAAAAAAAGUAAAAAAACAAACAAACAAACAAACACACACGAAAAAAAUUGCCGUCUUAUCUUGCCAAUUUUUAAACAAUCGGGGAACAUCAAAAAUUUUUAUCCAGUUCAUUUCAUCUUUGCAUCAUCCUUAGAUAUAUUUGUCUUUUAUUCAUUUAUUUAUUCAUUACAGGUUGUGCAAUAAGAUUUGUUAACAAUGAUGCAAAAGCACACAAGACUGAAGGAGAGACAGACAAGUGAAAAGGAAGGACAGAUAAAUAAAUGGAAAUGAACAGAAGGAAAGACAGACAGACAAAUGAAAAGGAAGGAAUGAAAGAGAUAAAUGAAAAAGAAAGGAAAAAACAGACACAAAUGAAAAACAAAGACAAACACCAAAAAUAAUAAAAGAAAAAUAAAUAAAAAAAAAGACACAAAUGAGAGGAAAGGGAAAACAAACAAAACAAUUAAUAUCUCUAGGUAGACAGUUUAGGAGUCACCUGUUCUCAUUAAUCAAGGUACCUGAGGCCACCUGCACCUGUCCACCUGUACACCUGCUAAGUUAUUAUUAUUAUUUAUUUUAUUUUAUUUAUUUAUUUAUUUAUUUAUUUAUUAUUUAUUUAUUUUUUUUGUCCACGUGGCUCGUUUGGUCGUUACUAAGGUGACUUGUUUGCUAGGUUGUGAGUUUGUUUAUUUGUUUAUUUGUUUAUUUUUUGUUUUGUUUUUUCUUUUUUUAGUUUCGAUUUAUUUAUUUUAUUUCAUUUAUAUUUUUUUUCUUUCUUUUGUUAGUGUGUGUGUUUGUUUAUUUUUGUUUUGAUUUUGGUAUUGUUAGAUUUGUUUUGUCCAUUUAUUUAUUUAUUUUUUUUUAUUUAAUUUUAUUUUGUUCGUUUUGAUAUUGAUCUUAUUCUAUUCAGUUUUUUUUUUUUUUCUUUCAUUGUUUGUUUGUUUGUAUUGUCCGUAUUUUCCUGUCAAUUUGAGGAUACUAGAACACAAUAACACUGCCACUAACUAAUACUUUCUCACAUUCUCUCUCACUCGCUCACUCACUCACACACUGGCCUGCAUAUUCCAGUCAUGUUCUGAAGCGUGUGGCAAACUGACAUUCUAUCUCUACCACACCUAUCAAUUACCAGGUGUCUUACAAUUAAAUCCUGAGAGAAAUUUAAGUCAGUUCGCCUCAUAUUUCAAAAGAAGAUAGGGAUAGAUAAAAUAGAUAGAUGGAUAGAUAGAUAUUUACUGAUCACGAAGAUGUAACACUACAAUACAAACCUUAUAUGAUAGUCUGUGUCCAAAAAAAUAA